AUGGUUCGCACAUAUGCAUUCAACGCUUCCAGCCGGUCUGAAAUUUUUGAGCAGUAUAAACAUACUGCAGCUGCGCCUCGUUUAAAACAGCAACAAUCUACAUCUCGGUCUUCGGAUACGGUACCAUAUGAUAACAGAAAAUUCCAACCCAGUGAUUCCCCAUUUAUAAACUCUACUGCCAACAGCAUGACUGAUAGCUCUUCCUCUACAUCUCAGAUGAGCAAUCAAGAGAAUAAUAAUCAAUACAUGAACACUGCGAUCCCACCUCUUCAUCAAUCGAAUAUCUAUCAGUCUUCUUUCCAUUCCUCAAUGAUUGAUCCUUUGAAUUCCAUAGUUGCUUUGAGACCAAUUUAUCUGAAUGGUCAAUUAGUCUACAUGCCAGUGGAACCUCAUAUUAACAUGAUGAUUAACCAGCAGUUUGGUGGGAUGAAACAAAACGGCGGACCAGCUCAAGUUGUUUACCGCAGACAAGACCCAUACACCACGCAAGCCAACGUCUCCCGUAUGUCAGCUAGCCAACAAUACCGACAGAACACGAUGAAUGCCAAAUAUGGAAGUCUACCCAACCUUUCGCAAAAACUUGGACAGGAGCAGUACAAGUUGAGCAGCCAGGAGCAGCAUAAACUAGAGCUGCAACAACAAAUCGAAGAUAAUAAGAGACGGAAAGCCCUGGAGAAGCAGAAGGAAAUUGAGUUGGAGCAACGGGAAAUUCGGAAAUGGGAGGAAUACCAGAAGCGGAUUCAAGAAGAGGAUAAUAGAGAGAAGAGGCAGAUACAGGAGAAGGCCAGAGCUAUAGAGUUGAGGAAUCAACAGGUUUAUGAGAGGCAGCAGAGACAACCAGAAUAUCAAAAAGAACGGCAAGUCCCAAAACAGCGACCACCACCACAACCACAACAAGAAUACUAUGACUCGUACGACGAUGAGGAGCCAAUUCAUCCGCGGCAACAAAAUCCGCGCCAAGCCAACUCGUUUUCUCCCGACAACUCUGAACAAGCGCAACAACCGAUUAGAAAUCGGCAGCAACCGAGAUAUGAACAACAAUAUAAUGUGGCGGCCAGGGAACAAAGACCUGAUUCUUCACAACCACGAGAAGUGGAAUGGUGGGAGAAGAAGCAACCGAACAAGGCGGUCACCCCUCAAAGUGCCGUGAUCCCUACACUUCGUGGAAAACCACCCGCAGUUCCGGAUAGCCAAAGAAGUGGAUAUGAUUCUUCUGGGAAUGUGGGUGAGCAUCAAAGUCGCCCUAGCUCACGUACGACAUCAAGCACACAAAGAUCAUCCUCCGACGCAAUGUCCGAACAGCUAAUUGUGGCUAGAAAUCCGUCAGGAGGACGAAAAGCGCCCACUGCAUUUACAAUUACCGCUUAA